AUGCAUGAAGUGGAUGAUUACACUGGUUAUUCUGAUAGACAGAAACCAAUAUUAUUAAUCGGCGAACAUGAUGUUGGAAUGAUAUCAGAGGAACAAGAAAGAUCAACUUAUGAUGUUACCGAAAUAAAUGAUGAAAUAGAAUUAAGACCACGUGAAAGAAACGUUUACUAUAAAUUAAGAGACAAGGGAAGAAAUUUUGUUGAUUUUGCACACAUUACGGUAGUGGCAGGUAAAGGGGGAGAUGGAUGUGUAUCGUUUCUUCGUUCAAGAACAAUGCCAAAGGGUCCUCCAUCCGGAGGCAAUGGAGGGCGUGGUGGUAACGUGACAUUUUACGCGUCGCGUAAUCAUACAUCAUUGCAUUAUCUGCCACGAUCAAUUAGAGCUGGAAAUGGAGAACCUGGAAAAGGAGAUUUGAAACAUGGUAAAGCAGGCAAAGAUAUCACUUUACCAAUUCCCUUAGGAACUAUUAUACGCGAAGUUGACCCACCAUCCAAAAAGAAAGACGAUGAUGAUGAGUCCCUUUCCUCAUCGUUAUAUGUUGAUAGAAAGGCAGCACGUGAGAAACGUAGAGAAGAAACAUGGGUACAUUAUCCUCAUUACGCGGACAAAAAUCAACUGGGUUCUUUUUUCUUAGAAGCCGAGAGAAUGAUUGAAGAUGAAAGACGACAUCAACGAAUAACACAACAAAUUAGUAGGUUAGAAUUGGAUUUAUCCGUUGAGGAUGAACAACACUUGAUAACUAGAGGCGGACUCGGUGGAAAAGGAAAUCCGUAUUUUCUUACAAAUGAAAAUCGCUCACCGAAAUUUGCCACUAAAGGACAACCAGGAGAAACGAAACAUCUAGUUCUUGAGUUGAAAUCAAUAGCUGAUGCUGGACUAGUCGGACUCCCGAAUGCAGGAAAAAGCACAUUUUUGACAGCCGUAUCGAAUGCACAUCCAAAAAUUGCCCCUUAUCCAUUUACCACACUAAAUCCCUACAUUGGCACCGUAGACUACCACGACAGAUUCCAAUUGACAAUCGCCGAUAUACCUGGACUGAUUAAAGGAGCACACAAAAAUAUUGGACUAGGUCACUCGUUCCUGCGUCAUGUGGAACGAUCUAAAGUUUUGGUGUAUGUGAUUGAUUUGACCAGCGAAAAACCGUGGGAAGAUUUUCGUGUACUGCAGAACGAACUGGAAAUGUAUCGUGCGGGCUUGACGUUGCGUCCUUCGAUGGUGAUUGCGAAUAAAGCUGAUGUUAGUGAAAUUGCGAAAAAGCACUUACCGCUUUUUGAAGAGAAAAUCAAAGGGAAUGCUGGAUCUGAGGUUGAUCGUGAUCUUUUAAUUGUACCUGUUUCGGCAAAGUAUCCCUUAAAGAAAAACGAGGCCGUUGCUAUUUACGCUGGAGAAAUAAUACAUCUUUAUGUAAAGUUAAUGCACAAAAAUUCGAUCAUUUUAACUGUUCUAGAAAUAUACAGAGUGAUCGACGCGCUGUUCGUUCAAGCAAAGUUAAUCCGAAGGCUUCAUCAGAUAUUAAUUAGUAAUCUAUUCCAUAAAUCAUUCCUCCGAUUUAUGCCAUACAAGAUCGAAAAAUUAGGAGGAUCUCAAUGUUCAUCCACGAAAUAUGUUUAA